ACAGAGGCGAGGAUAGCUGAGGCAUUGCCGUCCGAAUCAGCGGGACAUUUCGUCUGUACCUUCUUCUUCAGAUGACAGCUUUGGCUAUGAAAAUCUAAAAUGGAUCCUGAAGAGCAGGAGCUGCUUGGUGAUUAUAGAUACAGAAAUUAUUCCUCAGCAAUUGACAAAGCUUUGAGGAACUUUGAAUCUUCAAGUGAGUGGGCAGAUCUUAUAUCAUCUCUUGGAAAACUCAACAAGGCUCUUCAAAGUAAUUUGAAGUACUCCCUUUUACCAAGACGCUUGAUUAUCAGCAAGAGAUUGUCCCAGUGUUUGCAUCCAGCUUUACCUAGUGGGGUGCAUUUAAAGGCACUAGAGACAUAUGAGAUCAUCUUUAAAAUUAUUGGGACCAAAUGGCUUGCAAGGGACUUAUUCCUAUACAGCUCAGGUUUGUUUCCCUUGUUGGCAAAUGCAGCAAUGUCAGUGAGACCAGUUCUUCUUGGUCUAUAUGAGAAAUAUUUCCUUCCCCUGCACAAGUCUCUUCUGCCAAGUCUUCAAGCCUUCAUAACUGGACUUCUACCUGGAUUGGAGGAAGGGUCAGAAAUCUAUGACAGAACAGAUGCUUUACUUGUGAAGUUGUCUCUUCUAAUUGGUAAAGAGGUGUUCUAUUCAGCACUGUGGGGGAGUGUCCUAGUCAGCCCUUCCAUAAGGCUGCCUGCAUCCCUCUUUGUUGUUAGUCAUAUCAACAGAGAGUUGUCAGGAAAACAUCAGAAUUAUAUGCUUGGGACUGAUGCUAAACUAACGGUCAAAGCCCUUUGUGUGGCCAUGCUGGAUUCAAAUGUUCUUGUACAAAGAAACACUUUGGAGGUGGUUCUCUUCUUCUUCCCUCUUUACACAUCUUUGGAUCCCAGUGAAAGUGCUAUACCACUGUCUAGGUCCGAUGUAAUCCAUCUUCUAUCAGCAGCUGCCCAGACUCUCUUAAGAAGAGACAUGUCCUUGAACAGAAGGUUAUAUGCAUGGUUGUUAGGUUCUGAUAUCAAAGGAGGUACUUUUGUUCCAGAUUCAACUGUUUCAAUGUCCUUAGAAGACCAUGCCCUCUAUUUUUUUGAAAAAUAUUCCAAAGACCUUCUAGUCGAAGGAUUGAUUGAAAUCUUACAUCAGAAGUUUGCUGACUGUGACAUGGAGGAACAGCACCAUGCAUAUUUGAAACCUUUUCGUAUUCUCACAAGCCUACUUGACAAACCUGAAAUAGGACCACCAGUUGUUGGUGACGUGUUUCUUGAAGUUAUUAGAGCCUUUUAUUCUUACUGCAAGGAUACACUGGGUUCUGAUCUUAAACUUAGCUACAGUCAGAGUGGCAGUGUCCUUUCAAGUGCAAUCAAAGAAAACAAGAAUGCAUCUGAGAUUGUUAAAACAGUCAACCUGUUGAUCACAUCCUUAAGCACUGAUUUUGUCUGGGAUUAUAUGACCAGAUGUUUUGAAGACUGCUUCAGCAAGAAGUUUCAUACAUUUCCUGCUGGAGAGUUUUGCAGUACUUCUGCAACGAUUUCAGAGCUCUGCACACUACUAGUGUUUUUCCUGGAUGUGAUACCAUUGGAACUUUAUUCAGAAGUGCAGACUCUGUAUCUGCCACAGAUGCUCAGCUACAUGGUGCAGUCUCUCCUUGAAAACAUGGAAACUCUAAGUUUGCCGGAGCUCACUCACGCCUUAAGGACAUGCUUCAAGGUGCUUAGCAAAGUGCAGAUGCCUCCUGCCUACCUAGGUACUGAAACAGGAAGCUCAGACACGAGCCCUGUAAAGGAAGAGAGUUCUGAGCUAACUUCAGAAACCAAAGUCCUCCAGAAUGAAGAUGUUCAAUUUCCUCCACUCAAGUCUGAAGACAGUGGCAUAGGUCUUAGUGCUUCAUCCCCAGAGCUGUCACAGCACUUGAGAAUGCCCAGGGUAACUCCUGAGAGAGAUGAUGUCUGGAAAAAGGGUGGGGACAUGCAGAAGACCGUGUACUGUGUCCAGGAGUUAGUUGCAAAGUUUGCUAGUAAAUAUAUAUUUGGUGUUCAUUUGCAAGAUUCCGGUAAUGGCAGUAUUUCCACAGAGCACACAAAUGGACAGGAGAAAAAAGAAAAACAUUAUCAAGUAACUAAAACUGCUGGCAAGAAAAGGAGUUCAUGGGACUCAAAGCAAAUCACUGUGCCACAGUUUAAGCAGAUGUUAUCAGGCUUGUUCACAGUUCGAGGAUCACCUUUUAAACAGAAAGGGCUGGCAUCUCAGUGUCCUUUAGAUGACCUGGAUAGUCAAAGGAAAAAAGAGGAGGAUGAGUGGGACAUUGACCAAGUCAUGCUGGACUUGGGAGACACAAGAGAGGACUGCAGAGAGGCCUUUGCUGCCGUGUGCUACCUCUUACUGGACUGCACUACGUUUCCUGUCUAUCUUUCUGAGGAAGAAACGGAACAGCUCUAUUUGUCUCUUUUUCAAGUGCCUGGAGGUGGUGAAUCCAGCUCCCCCCUGUGGCUCAAAUCCCUAAUGACAAUAUGCUGCUGUGUAAAUGACUGCCAUAUUCAGAAUGUGUCCAUCUCUGUGCUGUUGGAUCUAAUCAACCAUUCUCAAUCAUUAGCACUGGUGAUUGAAGACAGAAUAAAGCGUUAUAAAAUAUCCAAGAAAAACCCUUUCUUUGGAAGACUACAGAUGGUCACAGUUCCUCCUGUUGCUCCUGGAGUUCUAAAGCUGAUUUCAGAAAAAACUGAUUUCUAUCAGAGAGUUGCUCAAGUGCUUUGGAAUCAACUAAACAAAGAGACAAGGGAACAUCACAAUACUUGUGUAGAACUUUUCUUUCGCCUCCAUUGUCUUGCUCCAUCUGCUAAUAUUUGUGAAGACAUUAUCUGCCAUGCAUUACUGGAUCAUGAUAAAGGAACAAGGCUGGAGGCACUGUUUCGAUUCUCUAUCAUGUGGCAUUUGACUAGAGAAAUCCAGAGCAGCAGAGUCACUUCCCGCAAUCGAUCUUUUGAUAGGUCCCUGUUUGUUGUAUUGGACAGUCUUAACUGUUCAGAUGGGGCAAUUGGUGCUACAGCACAGGGUUGGUUGGUAAGAGCACUCUCACUUAAUGACGUUGCAAGAAUCCUUGAACCAGUUUUACUGCUGCUGCUUCAUCCCAAGACACAACGAACUUCCAUUCACUGUAUCAAACAGAAAAAAACUGCAGAAGACAUGCAUCGCUGGUUUAGCAAGAAAAAGCCCUAUUUCCAUGAGUCUUUGGGAGCCCCUGAGCUAUAUGAAAGCAGUUCUGAAGAAAAUUUUAUGUUGCAGCAGUUUACAGCUGUAGACAGGGAAGCUAUUUGGGCUGAAGUUGAAAAAGACCCAGACAAAUUUCCACAAAAAAAUGAAUUGUCUGUAAAUGAUCCUUCACAGCGUGCAGAAUCUCCAGAAGAGAUGGGUGAAGAGGAUGAUAGUGAACAUACAGAGUCUGCUGAUACCAGCACAGGGCCUGCUGACAGUGAUAAUACAUCAUCUUUUUCUCCUUCUCUGGAUCAGCAAGAUAUAAGCAAUGAGGAGAACUGCAGUGCCUCCCCUGAGGGCAAAGAAGGCAUGAAAAAUGUUGGCCCCUCUAACAUUUGCCCUCCUGACAGUUCCAAAUCCAGUACUGCACUAAACCUUGUGCGAGCAGAUUCUGAGAGAACUCAAGCAUCGGAAUCUCUCUCAAGCGACGAGGAGGUAGAUUUGGAACUUCAAGCACUUAGCACAUCUAGAUUGCUAAAACAGCAGAAGGAAAAACGGGAGACAAUUGUGGCUCUGUUCAAGCAUAUUCUCUUGUAUUUGCAGCCAUAUGAUUCCAAGAGGGUGUUAUAUGCUUUUUCUGUUCUUGAAGCAGUGCUAAAAACAAACCCCAGAGAGUUUAUCGAAGCUGUAGCCACCACCAGCAUGGAUACUAGCUCCACGGCCCAUCUGAAUCUCAUCUACAAUCUUCUUGCCCGCCACCAGGAAGCUCUUGUGGGACAGAGUUUCUAUGGGAAGCUUCAGACUCAGUCACCAACUAUGUGUCCCCAUUCAUUAUUGAUAGAACUGCUGACUUAUCUCUGUCUGAGUUUUUUGCGCUCCUAUUAUCCUUGUUACUUGAAAGUAACCCACAAAGAUGUGCUUGGCAAUAGGGAUGUCCAGGUCAAAAGCGUUGAAGUCUUAAUCAGGAUAAUGACUCAGCUGGUUUCAUUGGCUAGAUCAGCAGAGGGCAAGAACAUGGAAUUUAUACGCACUCUGCUUAGCAGAUGCAGAGUUCAAGAGUUUGUCCUCCUUUCUCUGUCAGCUUCCAUGUAUAUAAGUCAGAAGCGGUAUGAAUGUAUGACAGCUGAUGAAACAAAUGUCUUAAAUGAAGAAGUCCUCGUUGAGGAGAGUCUCAUUAAUUUUGGUCAUGAUCAGAUCUGGAGUGAGCAUCCUUUACAGAUUGAACUACUGAAACUUCUGCAAGUAUUAAUAGUUCUGGAGCAUCAUCUUGGACAGACUCAGGAGGAAACAGAGAACCAGCCGGGCUUAUCUAAGGAAUGGCAAAGGGCACUUAACUUUCAGGAGGCAAUUGGUGCUAUGCAGUAUGUGCACCCACAUCCUAUAACGUCUCAAGGAUUGUUUGUGUCUGCUGUAGUUAGAGGUUUGCAACCAGAUUAUGGGUAUGGGAUGCAUCCUGCUUGGGUUGGCUUAGUUGCACAUUCCCUGCCAUACUUUGGGAAGUCGUUGGGGUGGACAGUGGCACCGUUUAUUGUACAGAUAUGUAAGAACCUGGAUGAACUUGUCAGACAAUAUGAACAUGAAACCCUGAAGCUGUCAGCAAAGGUAACUGUAAGCAUAAGUUCUAAGAGAGAAAACAUUACACCAGAUUAUCCUCUAACUCUUUUGGAAGGUCUGACUACUAUUGGGCACUUUUGUCUAUUGGAUUAUCCAAACCAAAGCAAAAAGUCACCACUUAGUGCUGACCCUACAAACCUAAGGAAUGCCAAGAAUGCCAUUUUGGAGGAGCUGCCCUGUAUUAUCAACACCAUGUCCCUCCUUUGGGGUGUCAUAAAAAAGGAAGAGACUCAGAAAAGACCAGCUGACUUUCUUGGAAUAAAAGGCUCUGCUUCAGUGUACUUUAAGUCAACCAAAACUUUAAAGAGUAAAAUCCUGGAGUUUUUAAAUCCCCUGACUGGCCAGCUGGGCGUGCAGCUGAUUGCUGCUGUAGCAGCAGUGUGGAGCAGCAAAAAAUCUCAUAAGCAUAAAAGCAAAACAAAGAUCCCUUCUGUGCCUAGAACACCUCAGCUUAUACUAGUUGAUCUAGUUUGUGCACUCAAUACUCUGAAGACUGACACUAUAUUGCAGCUUGUAAAAGAAGUUGUCAAGAAGCCAUCACAGAUCAAAGGUGAAGAGAAAUCUUCUCUAGUAGAUAUCCCCGUGCUCCAGUUCUGCUAUGCUUUCAUACAAAGACUUCCAGCCUCAGCUUUGCAAGAGAAUUUCCAGUCAUUGUUAGGAGUGCUGAAAGAAUCAGUACAAUUAAAUUUGGCUCCACCUGGUUACUUCUUAUUGCUCAGCACCCUGAAUGAUUUUGUAACUAGAACUCCAACCCAGGAAAAUAAGAAGGAUCAGAGAGAUCUGCAGGAGGUGACCCAGAAAAUCUUGGAAGCUGUGGGGAACAUUGCUGGUUCUUCCUUGGAACAGACUAGUUGGCUAAGCAGGAACCUUGAAGUGAAAGCUCAGCCUCAGAUCUCUUUAGAUGAAUCUGUUGUUGAAGAUGAUUUAUAUGCUUCAGCAGCCCCUUCCUCCAUGGUCUCUGCCUCUGCUCCAUCUGUGUACAGUGUUCAAGCCCUCUCUCUCCUUGCAGAGGUUCUCGCUUCUCUCCUGGAUAUGGUCUAUCGUAGUGAUGAGAAAGAGAAGGCAGUGCCGUUAAUAUCACGAUUGCUUUAUUAUGUGUUUCCUUACUUACGCAAUCACAGUGCCUACAAUCUUCCUAGCUUCCGUGCUGGUUCCCAGUUGCUUAGUUCUCUAAGUGGUUAUGCCUAUACCAAGCGAGCAUGGAAGAAAGAUGUUCUAGACCUAUAUAUGGAUCCAGCUUUUUUCCAGAUGGACACUUCAUGCAUUCAUUGGCGAUCCAUUAUUGAUCAUUUUCUUACACAUGAAAAAACUAUGUUUAAAGACUUGAUGAGUAUGCAGAGUAGUUCUUUGAAACUUUUCCCAAGUUUUGAGCAAAAGGCAAUGUUGUUGAAGCGUCAAGCAUUUGCUGUUUUCAGUGGAGAAAUUGAUCAGUAUCACCUUUACCUGCCUUUGAUACAAGAGAGACUGACUGACAACUUGCGUGUUGGACAGACUUCCAUAGUAGCUGCCCAGAUGUUUCUGUUUUUCAGAGUCUUGUUGCUGAGAAUUUCACCUCAGCAUCUAACCUCAUUGUGGCCAAUUAUGGUGACAGAGCUGAUUCAAACAUUUAUACAACUGGAGGAGGAUUUAGCAGAAGAGGAAGAACCUUAUAAAAGCAAUAGCAAACUAAGUAAACAGAAAGCAUCAGGAGAUGGCAACGGUCCCUUACUCAGCGACAUACAGCAGAAUGAACUGACCUUAUAUUUAUCAGCCUGUAAAUUCUUGGACACAGCGCUUUCUUUUCCACCUGACAAGAUGCAGUUAUUUCAAAUGUACAGGUGGGCAUUUGUUCCAGAGGUGGACACACAGACUUACAACAUGACUUCGGAUCUAAUGGAAAAUCACCAGGAAUACAAACCACAUAUUGUUAGAAUCAUGGAUUUACUCAAGUUGAAGUUUGGGGAACUGAAUACCAAUGGGAGACCAACAAAAUAUGAAUUUCCACUUCUGGAUCUUCAUUCUAUAUCCAGCAUCACACAGUUAAUGCCAUUCUUCAGGAUACUGAGCUGUGCUUUUAAAACUGAAAGCAGCAGGUCCCUCAAUACACAUAGCUCAGUGCCUCUCAAAACAGACAGUUCCAUUGGAAAUAGCACAAGAACCCUGAAGCUCCUAGAGGACUAUGUGGAACGUGAUUUUAUAGAAAAUAUGGAAAAUUAA